AUGUGGGGAACCGGCACCGUGAUGCAGAUGAACGCAGCGCAGAUCUACCGCAGUAAGAACUUGGGCGUGUACGACCAGUCCCGCCUCUCUCUCUAUGUCGCCCUCAUCGGCGUCGGCAGCGCUAUUGGCCGUAUCGUGAGCGGCAGUCUGGACAUGUGGCUCAUUCGGCGCAAGGCGACCUCCACGAACGAGAUCUUGACGACCACCUUUCUUCCAGUUGGUGCGGUGCUGCUGCUCGCCUCCUACCUCCUCUUCGCGGUGAUCCCAUCGGAGGGUCUUGUCUUGCCCUUCCUCCUUGGCUCCAUCGGCACCGGUAUGGGUUGGGGCCUUGGUGCUCUAAGCGUGCGCAUCGUCUACGCGAACGACAUUGGCAAGCACUACAACUUCAUGUUCUCCUCCGGCUUUGUCAGCACCAUCGCCUUAAACCGCUUCAUGUUCGGCGGCAUGUUCGACAAGGAGGCCAGCCGCCUUGGCACAGCCCCCAACUGCAACCAGCCGUCCUGUGUGCGGAAUCAGAUGCUUAUCCUUAUGGCAGUGAACGCCAUCUCCACGAUAGCGGCCGUCUUGGUGCACCUCCGCUUCCGUCGCUUCGUGCGCCAGGAGCGGGCGAAGCAGGCCGAGGCGGCGCUGGCGCUGGAGGAGAAGAGCAAGAGCGACUGA